UCCAAAAAAACAAAGUUUCUUCUUUAGCUUGGGUGCCACGACCGGUAACUUUAUCGUUGCUUCCAACUCUUUCUCAGAUUCGAAGCCGAUGCUCUGUGUUCGCGUGUAACUCGUGAUCGGAUAUAGAUCUCGCUUUACCUUUCAGUUGAGUCUGACUGAAGCUAGGAGAACCGUCGUUCACCUAGGAUCCUGUCGACGAUGGCUCCUCCGAUUGCGUCUCAGCGAUCUCCUUCCCCGUCGCAACCUUCCGGGAAAGGUGAAGUGUCAGAUUUGAAAUUACAGCUCCGGCAGCUUGCUGGUAGCCGAGCUCCAGGUGUUGAUGAUUCCAAACGUGAACUCUUCAAGAAGGUGAUAUCAUAUAUGACAAUUGGUAUUGAUGUCUCAUCUGUCUUCAGUGAAAUGGUCAUGUGUUCAGCAACCUCAGACAUUGUUCUGAAGAAAAUGUGUUAUCUAUAUGUCGGAAACUAUGCAAAAGGUAACCCUGAUCUUGCUCUUUUGACAAUCAAUUUCCUUCAAAGAGACUGCAAGGAUGAGGACCCCAUGAUCCGUGGGCUUGCACUAAGGAGCUUGUGUUCGUUACGAGUGGCAAAUCUAGUAGAGUAUCUGGUUGGGCCACUGGGUUCUGGGUUGAAGGAUAAUAAUAGCUAUGUGAGGAUGGUGGCAGUUGUUGGAGUAUUGAAGUUGUAUCAUAUCUCUGCAUCAACAUGUGUUGAUGCUGACUUUCCUGCAAUCCUGAAGCAUUUGAUGCUCCAUGAUCCAGAUACCCAGGUAGUGGCAAAUUGUUUAUCUGCUCUACAAGAGAUAUGGAGCUCAGAAGCCAGCUCAUCCGAGGAAGCAUCUCGGGAGAGAGAAGCCUUGAUUAGCAAGCCAGUUGUAUACUACUUUUUGAAUCGGAUCAAAGAAUUUAGUGAAUGGGCGCAAUGUCUUGUUCUGGAGCUGGUUGCAAAAUAUGUACCUUCAGAGAGCAAUGAGAUAUUUGAUAUCAUGAAUCUCCUGGAAGAUAGACUUCAGCAUGCAAAUGGUGCUGUUGUGUUGGCAAGCAUCAAAGUAUUUCUACAGUUGACCAUGUCCAUGACUGAUGUGCAUCAGCAGGUGUAUGAACGUAUUAAAGCCCCUCUGUUGACCCUAGUCAGUUCCGGGAGCCCAGAGCAGUCCUAUGCAGUUUUGAGCCACCUCCAUCUCUUGGUGAUGCGUGCACCUUUCAUAUUUGCCUCUGACUACAAACAUUUCUAUUGCCAGUACAAUGAAGCCUCUUAUGUCAAAAAAUUGAAGCUUGAGAUGCUGACUGCAGUGGCAAAUGAGAGCAACACUUACGAAAUUGUCACGGAACUCUGUGAGUAUGCCGCAAAUGUUGAUAUUCCUAUCGCAAGAGAGUCAAUACGGGCAGUUGGCAAAAUAGCACUACAGCAGUAUGAUGUGAAUGCAAUUGUUGAUAGACUUCUUCAGUUCUUGGAGAUGGAAAAGGACUAUGUUACUGCUGAAGCUCUGGUACUUGUAAAAGAUCUGUUGAGAAAAUAUCCUCAAUGGAGUCAUGAUUGCAUAGCCGUUGUCGGGAAUAUCAGCAGCAAAAAUGUUCAGGAGCCUAAGGCCAAGGCAGCUCUUAUAUGGAUGUUGGGAGAAUAUUCCCAGGACAUGCAUGAUGCUCCUUAUGUUUUAGAGAGUUUAAUUGACAAUUGGGAAGUCGAGUAUUCAGCUGAGGUUCGUUUGCAUCUUCUCACUGCAGUUAUGAAGUGCUUUUUUAAGAGGCCCCCCGAGACUCAGAAAGCCUUGGGAGUUGCUUUGUCUGCUGGGAUUGCUGAUUUUCACCAGGAUGUUCAUGAUAGGGCCUUAUUCUACUAUAGACUUUUGCAAUAUAAGGUAUCUGUAGCAGAACAUGUUGUAAACCCUCCAAAACAAGCAGUUUCAGUGUUUGCUGAUACUCAAAGCAGCGAAAUCAAAGAUCGUAUUUUUGAUGAGUUUAACAGCCUAUCUGUUGUAUACCAGAAACCAUCUUAUAUGUUCACAGAUAAGGAACAUCGGGGUCCUUUUGAAUUUUCAGAUGAACCUGAAAAUUUGUCUAUUGGGGCAGAAUCUGGUGGCAAUGUUUUCCCAGCUCAAAGAGUUGAGGCAGAUGACAAGGAUCUGCUGCUAAGUACUUCGGAGAAAGAAGACAGUGGUGGUCCCAGCAACAAUGGUUCUGCCUAUAGUGCUCCAUUAAUUGAUAGUUCAUCUGCUGAAGUUACUGGUUCACAGGAGUUGGCAAUUUCAAACCCCACUGUGCCAAGUACUGCCCCGCAGUCUAGCCUGGCUAUUGAUGAUCUGCUUGGUCUGGGCGUACCAACUGCACCUACUCAUUCAUCUCCUCCAUUGAAACUUAAUCCCAAGGCUGUUCUGGACCCUGGCACUUUUCAGCAGAAAUGGCGGCAACUAUCAAUAUCUUUAUCACAGGAGCAUAUGAUUAGCCCUAGGGGAGUUGCAGCAUUGACAGCGCCUCAAGCUCUCCUCCGGCACAUGGUAGGCCACUCUAUCCACUGCAUCGCAUCUGGCGGUCAAUCUCCCAACUUCAAGUUUUUCUUCUUUGCACAAAAAGCAGAAGUAGCGUCAAAUUUUCUUGUGGAAUGUAUAAUUAACACAUCAUCAGCCAAAGCCCAGAUAAAGAUUAAAGCUGAUGAUGAAAGCACAUCACGGGCCUUCUGGGAUUUGUUUCAGUCAGCCCUGUCCAAAUUUGGGAUGCCAUGAGCAUUUUAGAGAAGUUCAGUUCACAUGAAUACCUGGUUAAUCUCAGACGAAUCUCUUGAGAGAUAAAAAAGAAGAAGAUACAUCAAAGAAGAAGAAAAAGAUAAGUUAAAGCCUUUUACUGAUUAGAUGUAGAUGGUUGUAAUAUUUCCUGAGUGUAUUUCCCGGCGAUUUUACAUAUUGUUUUAGAGCAACUCUCAAGAAUCCCAAUACUAGUUCAACUGUGUAGGUUCUUAUGACUUUUUUUUUUCUUUAUAGUGAGAAAGUUAUGGGAAUGUGUGAUACCUUCAAAUGGAUAAUUUAACUGGCAUAGUUUGUGGUUUCUGUUCUGAGGCGUCAGAAGAUUGUUACAUUGGGACUAUUUGACCAUUUAAAGUAUGUUGAUAGCAUUAUACUGUGUUAA